AACAACAUAAACUAAGCUAGUCCGCUGAUUUUGAACUGACAACAGGUCAUUUAAAUACAUACUUUUGGAGGAGGAACAAUGGCAUCCAGCGAGAGAUGUAUGAAAGGAGACUUGUCAGAUUUUGCGGUACAGAUGAAAAAGUUGGUCAACUCCAAAGAACACAGUGAUCUAAAGUUCUUACUGGGGUCCAACAGGAAGACAGUGUAUGCACAUCGAUGUAUCCUGUCCUCCCGCUGUGCUGUCUUCAAGGCCAUGUUUGAGGAGCAAAACCAAAAUGCCAAGAAUUCUGGUGCUGACAAAGAUGUUCCGUUUGUGCUGUCAGACAUGUCUCCAGAGAUAUUCCUCACAAUGUUGGAGUUUAUAUACACCAAUUGUGUCCACCUAUCAUCCAAAAAUGCAAUAGACGUCCUGGCCACAGCUCUGGAAUAUGGACUUGAUGAUCUCAAGAAGUUGUGCUCCCAGUACUUGGUAGAAAACCUGACAGUGGGCAAUGCAUGUGACGUGUUGCAGGCUGCGGUCACAUACGGUCAAGAUGACCUCAAGAACAAGACUGUAGAGUUCAUAGAGCAAAAUACUGUUAAUGUGUUCAAGUCGAAGGGUUUCCAGGAGAUUGGUGAGGAGGCAAUGUCGGCGGUGCUGUGCAGCCACCUGCUUCAGAUGGACGAGAUGGACCUGUACAGAGCAGUCAAGGAGUGGGCCACUGUCAACGCUGUUGUGAUGGCGAAGCCAGUAGCUGACAUUGGUAAAGCUGUUGUUAAGUACAUCCGACUGCCUCUGCUGUCUCCUGAGGAACUCUCCACCUUGGAGACAGAGAACAAGAAGGAUGGAUUCAUUCCAGUGAGUAGUUUGGCACCCCCUGAAUAA